AUGGCGUCAAAGUUGGUAUCUUCCCUUUCAUGGCUGUCCGCCGUCGUCCUCCUGCUGGUCCCCGCAGCCUCCUCUGCUGCCGCCACAAGGGGGGGCACCAACCCCUUCUUCUUCGACCGUCGGAGCUUCGCCUACACUGCGAAGACCUCCCACGGCAGCUUCAAGGCCCUCCACGCCUUCUCCGGCCGCACCCAGCUCCGCGGCGGCGCCACAGAUAGCUACCGCCUCGGCCUCCUCCGCGCUGCCCCCCGCACCUUCGUCCUCCCCAGCCACUGGGACGCCGACGAGCUCCUCUACGUCCUCAAAGGUAUAGAUCUCUCUCUCUCUAGCUACAACUCAACUCCCUCUCUGCAAGUAAGUGUUUGACGCCGUUGCUGAUGUGGGCUUGUCGACGUUGAGGGAGAGGGGUGAUCACGCAGGUGCCACGUGGCAGGGAGGGCGGUGACACGCAGGAGAUCAGCGAGGGGGACGUACUGUGGGUGCCAGCAGGGACGAUGGUCUACCUUCUCAACGCCGACGCGAAGGAGAGCCUGCGGGUCGCGGUCCUACUGAGGACCAUCUCCAGUCCCACCGGCGACUACAUGGUGAAGAAGCUCGGACGCCGUCUAAAAAAGCCCCCAUUUUUCAUAUAAAAAAUCCUUCUUCUCGCACGGAAAACUGCACGUAAAAGAAAAAACGGAUUAUUCUGUUAAGAAAUUGCAGGAAAAAAAUUGGAAACAUAUUUUUAAAUGCCGAAAUGUGGAUCAUUCUGUGCUAAAUAAUUACUAUAUUUAUCAUAUGCUAUGAAAUUUAUUUUUUAAAUAUGAUAAACGUUGAUUUUAGUACUUGGGAAAAAAUGAAAACAUUUUUAUGCCAAAAAUGUGGAUUUUUUUUUGUACUGAAGAAAUACCUUUCAUGAUAUGUUUUUAGAAAUCAUAUUUUUGAAAGAUAAUAACCUUCUGAGGUGUUUGGGGAAAAAGGCCUCGAAAUGAGUGUUCUUUUGGUCUUUAUUGUUGUAGGAAUUCUUUGCAGCCGGUGGCCUGGAGCCCGAAUCCUUCCUCAGAGCAUUCAGCUCCGAGCUCCAAGAGGCUGCUUUCAAUGUUGGUUUCUCUCUCUCUCUCUCUCUCUCUGAACCUUCCCUACUCUCUUUCUUAGAGCAUCCGGAUCGUCACUGCUCGAUAUUCCACAUUCUACGCUCUUGCUCUCUCUUUGAGCAGCCCGGUUCGUCACAUUCUACUCUCAGCAUCUUCUCUCCCCUUCCCUCCCCCUCUCCCUCUCCCUCUUUCUCUCUCUCUCCCUCUCUUUCACUCUCUCUCUCUCUACCUCACUAUACGAUAUGCUAUUCUACUCGCAGAGUCGGAGGGAGGAGCUGGAGAGGAUCCUGGGGCGGCAGCAAAAGGGUGCCUUCGUCAAGGUCACGGAGGAGCAAAUACGGGCCCUGCUGAGCCAUCGGGAGGGAGGCCAGAGCGGCACCCGCAGUCCAUUUCCGCUGCUCUCACAGAAGCCCUCCUACUCGAACGACCGGGGACAGAUGCACGAGGUCACCGCCCGCGAGUACCCCCAGCUCCGGCGACUCGACGUCGUCGUCUCCUUGGCCAACAUCACCGCCGUAAAUCCUUCACUGAAAGAACAGAUUCAUCGGGCCAUACUAAUUCGGUUACCUUUUAAUCAUCAGCGCGGUCUUGCAGGGAUCCAUGGAAGCUCCGUCGUACAACUCGAAGGCGACCAGGAUCGCCCUGGUGAUCUCCGGCGAGGGCUACGUCGAGAUGGUACGGCGGCGCCGCCGCGAGGAAGCAGCGGAAGAGGGCGGCGCGAGGUAUGAGAAAGUGAGGUCGGAGGUGUCCGCCGGGGAGGUGUUCGUGAUCCCCGCCGGCCAACCGGUCGUCACCGUCGCCGCCUCCGGCGGGGAGGGCCUCCAGGUGCUCUGCUUUGGCCUCCAAGCUGAGGAAAACCGCAGGAUCUUCCUCGCAGGUAGGACGACGUCCCCCCGCCAUGAUCCUCCUGCAUAGAGCUCUGCUUCCUCUGAGCUGUGCUGUGGCACUGAGAAUUUUGCAGGAGAGAACGGAGUGUUGAAGGAGCUAGAGAGGGAAACGAAGGAGCUGUCCUUUGGCGCGCCGAGGAAGGAGGUGGAUGAGGUCCUGAACGCCCAGAAGAGGUCCAUCUUCGUGGAAGGUCCCCAGCAGGCGUCGAGGAGAGGGGCCGAGUCGAGGCUCUCGUAG